AUGCGGACCAUCUUUCCCACUCACGCGAAGAGCCUCGGCCAAGCGCUCAGUACGAUCCUCGUCGGUGCGAUCAAGGACCAGGUGUUCGUGGUGUUCAAAAUUGCUACAGCAGAGUUGGAGUCUGUUCCAGGCCUUAGUGUUCUGCUCGAACUCGCGACGCCAGUGCUCCACCAGUUCAGCGGCAUCAUCGCCAGCUCGCUCCUCUCGUAUUUAGUAACAAUCGGUGGUGAGUUGAUGCUAGAGGAGGUAAGCACGGAAGCGAUCGCCGCGGCGCAACAAGCGCUCGCCGAAACUGCAGAAAGCCGCGUCGCGGCAGAACAAGAACACUCAACGUUUCUCGCUUACUUGCAAGAGAAAUUGGAAAAAGGCAGCAACACGCUUUUCCCCGACUCCUUAAGAGAAGAGCUGAUGCAAGCACUUAUCAACCACUGCCUACAUAAAUCACACGAAUUGUUCAAACCAGAAGCGAAGAGCUUUCUCCAUACUGGGGCGCACGGCACUGCUGGCCUUGCGAUGGUGCAACUGGGCUCGGCCGACACUGCAGCCGAGCAUGUAGAUCCACAUGGAGAUGCGGACGCGCCCCGUAUCGACGAUUUUCGCCGCGUGCGGUUCGCAUCGGAAAAGCAGCCGACAAUGCCCCUGCUGCUGCUGGCCAACAACAUGACAGAGCCCCCUGUCUCUGCUCUUGACCUACAAUUUUCCACCCACGACCACCGUAUGAUGAGCCCCGGGCCCCGGAUUUCUUUUGGAUUUCUUCGGAAAUUUUUUUUGCUUGUGGCCAACUUGCAAAACGAACGCGCCCCCGCUUCAACUACGAGCUGACAUCCAGCGCGCCGUCAAGACCGCCGUCGGGCGGCUCGCUUGGCGAAGCCGGCUGGCCUGCUUGCUGCCAGGGUUUUCGCGACAUCCCCCCGGACCGAAGCUGGGCACCCCAAGGUCUGGCGUUGUCAAAGUGCACGCAUUGCACGCCCAGGCAACCGUGCGUGGGCCACUUCUCCAGGCGCGCCGGGAAUGCGCGCGCGCGCAAUGGUGCCAGGCAACAGGGGAGGGGGGGGCACAAUCGGCUGCCCCACUGCGGCUGCCAUCCCAAGCUCAGGGGCGUGGCUGGGCGAGGCAGCUCAGGGGGCGGACGCCGAGGCGCUGGCGCCCGAAUAAGAUCUUUUCCAGAGCAGGGCCCACCCCAUUCAAAGAUAUUCGCAACAACUCUAAUCCAAAAGUCUCAAAUCGAAAUUUCAGAAGCUUUCGGAGCUCAGAAAAAUGGCACUUUUCUGAGCUUCUGAAUAUCUUCUGAAUAACUUCUGAAAUUUGAAAUCCGGAUCAGCGACGUUGAAAAGAGUAUCGUUUUUGCGGGCCUCUGAAUAUCUUUUUCGGGCGCCUCUGAAUAUCUUAGCGUCGACGCUAUGGCGCGAAAAAUAAAGAAGCUUCUUCUUGUCUUUUUUUCGCGCCUCUGAUUGAAUAUCUUUUUUUCCGGCCACUGAAUAACUUCCCGAAGAUGCAUGAGUAUGCUUUUUCCACUUCGCUCCUCCCGAAUGUAUCCAGAAAUGAGCUCACUGAGUACGUUUUUUUGGCUUAAAAAGUUGCGAACUUUUCAGCCAAGAACGAUCUUCCGGGAACUCAUCUCUGCGACAUACCAUGCCUGUGAGAAGUCCAUGGCCUCCCCCCCUUGGUACGACAUCACCCAGACGCCUGUCACAGACCAUGCUUGGACUGCGCACGCGCAGGGCAUGUUGGUGGACUCUGCGGCGCGACGGGGCGGCUGCCGGAAACCGCCGGCCCCUUCCCACGUGUGCGAGCAAGCCAGCGAGGAGGCCGGGGUCUUCAUGUGAAGCAACAUGGACGGGGACGCGUUUGGGCCUUGGCAGGCUUUACAAGCAACCAAAGAUGUCCCGGGGGGGCCCUGAAGCCGCAGCUGGCCUCGGCCCUGCGGCGCCCCGCGAUAGACAUGAGGCGGGCCCGUGGUUGCGCGGGGUGGGGUGCCAAGCGCGGGCCCGGCGCGAUGCCCGGCGGGGGGCCUGGCGGAGGCACACGCCGGACGCCCCCGGCAAUGCCCGGGCCGAUCGGCUGCGUUAGUUUGCGAAAAUUUUCGGAAGAAAUCCGGAAGAAAUCGAGGCGCUUUUCCUCAUCUAUCAGCAAGAAAGCCGAUGCCGGCACGUCGCACGGCGAGAAGGCGCUCACAGUCGUGUCUUGGGAUGUCGUCCAUAAGAUGAUUACAGCUUUCGAAAAUGUGGGAAAAACGAUAUCUGCUCAUGUUUGGACUGAAUUGAAAGACUCUGCGCAGCACCUAUUUGAGAACUUCGUAGGGGUGGCGGUAUCCGAUGCCAUGAGCGAAAUCCGAGCUGCCUUGAGCGCGUUCUUCAGGGGCGUCGCCUCGGAUACUCUGGCCACACAUCUCGCAGAGCAUCCAUCUGGUAAGGAACUUGCGAAAAACAAAGGGGAGCACCUUGCAGCCGAGGAGAGCAUCAGAAGCGCCAUCAAUGGUUGCGAUCUUACACCAGCCACAGAAUAUAUUAACUAGCAAUAUGACACAUAUCAACCAAUAUGACACUUGGCAACGACAGCGCAGCGAAACGUCAAAACAGUAGCAGUAUCGUGCUGUAGUAUUGUCAUAUUGUCAUAUUGCAUAUUGAUCGCGGGGGGCUCGCGCAUGAAAAUUGGUCCCGUCCGAGCUGCUUGCGGACUAUGCGGUCAUUAGGACCGCGCGCGCCGUUGUGCAGUUUGUGCAGAUACCAACUAGGCGCCUCGUAGGUUUCUCGUCUCCGGAGCAUGUUGACAACGCCCUGGCGCAGCGUUGGGCGCACUCCUGGCACGCUAUUGCUGGCACAGGCGCUGUCUCUGCCAUUAGCGGCUCGACUGCAAAGUCAUGCACUAGGUUGCUUUUGGCGCAGCAUCAUCGGAAGUGCUUUCUCGGGAACUAUUCCCGCGCCCGCCCGACCACCUGGCUAAAUAGCUUAGUGCUGAUUACAGUCUUUCUGCUUAUGAGGGUAGCGCAUCUAAUCGCAGCGAAUCUGUGUCAAACCACAUUGAUUCUUAAGCAGUUUCCGCGUGUUGGUCUCCUAGGGCUAGUAGGGGAAUCGCGGCGACGAGUGGGCAGCCCGGGUGGAGUCCCUUCUUCGUAAAGGAGCAGCUGGGUGGCGGUGAGGCUAUCGACCGUCGGGGGCGUUUUCGCGAACGAAUUAGACGGGGGGCGAGGACGGUCUGUCAUUGUCAGGUCAUCUUUCGGUCCCCGAAGCCGAUGGCUCCGGUCAUAUUGCUCAAAAAUCAGUGGUCACAUUGACAAGUUGCAGUAUUGUCAUAUUGCUAAAAGUGCCAGAAUUUUGCUAGUUAAUAUAUUCUGCAAGUGGAACCAAAAAGGCCAUACAAAAGGCGACAGACGGACUUCGGAGCGCGAUCGAAACGAACGUGAUCCAUAACACCUUCGACAACUUUGUGAAAAAACUACUCGGCUUGCUCGGGGUCGGGCAACACACGGCCGAGGGCAGCGCGGGCGGGACUCACCCUCACCAGCAGGGCCUGAAAGAUUUGAUACACACACUGCUCGAAAGCUUAAUGGGCCACAUAGAAACGCUAAUGGGCAUGCUCCAUGGCGGCCAUGGGCAUAAAAGCGCUGCCGCGUUCCUGGAGCACAAUGUGGCCGGCAGCCAGAGUGUGUACGUCGAUGCGUUUGCGGAGCUUUCCAAUGGCAGGGAGGACAAGAAGCAUGGCCGCACUCUCCCCGACAGCGUCGUGCCUGGGGAUGAGUUUUCGCCGGCGGCCACCGAGCCCGAGGAUUUGGCUUAA